CUUAGUUAAACUGUGGAUAUGAAAAUUUUUGGCUAGAUAUUUCAUUCGUAUGAGUCAAUAUGAUUAUAGAUCCUGACUCUCGCUCACGAUAUGACACCGUUCAAGAGGAGGAUGAUCAACCAGUGUAUUCCAGAACCUCGUUCAAGCUAGAGAUGGAAGACCUUGUUAGAAAUUCACUGCCCACUUUCCUAACGUUCCUAUUGCAAAGUUCGCUUUUACUAAUAAUUCCUAUUUAUUUCGCUGGAAAGCAGGGGAAGGAUGUGUUGUCCGCAUCAUCGAUGGCCAUCACCUUAUUCUAUAUUACAGGGCCAGCACUCGUUUUUGGAUUUUGUACCGCAGAAGAUACAUUGUGUUCCACUGCAUUUGGGGCAAAAAGCUAUACCAAAGUCGGGCUUUAUUACCAGAGAUGCGUGCUGAUUUUGCAUAUGAUGUUCAUUCCGAUUGCAAUACUAUGGGUCAACUCCGGCCCCAUGCUUAGGGUAUUUUCGCCAGAGCUUGCAGAUAUGUGUGUCCCGAUUAUGCGGCUCAUGGUGCUCGCUAUUCCGCCCUCAUCGUGUUUGAGUGCUCUAAGCGGUACUUGCUAUCCCAGAACAAGUUCCGAGCACCGACUAUGGUGUUGGCUGGAGCACUGCCUUUCAGUUUGAUAUUCCAUAUGGCGUUCAAGAGAUUUUAUUUGGGACCGGCAUUGUCGUUGGUGCUAACGUACUGGACCAUUUCCGUGUUGGUAGUCACGUACAUAUACUUUGACGACCAUCAAUGCUGGAACAGUGACUUGCGUCUUUCAGUGUUGCUACAGGAUUGGGGCCAGUUCUCCAUUGGCAUUUCAGGAAUCGUUAUGGUUUGUGCUGAGAGUUUUUCCUUCAGAGUUAUCACGCUUUUAUCUGCCAAAUUCGGUAGUGUAGAGCUGGCAUCUCAAACUGUGGUCACCACUAUCUCCAUGUUUCUCUUCCAAUUCCCGUUUUCCUUUGGCAUUUGCUCUUCCGUUAGGCUCGCUAAUUAUAUUGGAGCUCGCUCUCAUAACUGUGUGACAGUAGUGAGAGUUGCCACAGCAGCAACUGCUGUCAUUGGACUGAUAAACUUUAGUAUCAUGUUCUUCUUUCGAGGAUGGCUGCCACGUAUUUUUAGAGAUGACGAGGAGGUUAUUAAAUACACCUCCAACCUGCUCCGUGGUGUGGCUUUGAAUGAGUUCGGGGACGCAGUAAACGCCAUUUUUUCAUCCCUUUUGAGAGGCCAAGGCCGCCAAAAUAUCGGCUCAGUGUUGAAUCUGACGGCCUACUAUGUGAUUGCUAUUCCUCUGGAGUUGUUGCUUGGCUUCUACUUUGAGUUUGGAGUUCCUGGCUUGUGGGCCGGCUUGCUACUCGGGGAGCUCUUCCUGUCUGCAGCCGAAGUAUACCUAACGUGGUCUACAAACUGGGACGGGCUUAUAGAAAACAACCAAGCUCUUGUGUAAUUACUUUGUGUUAACCACUUAGUGUUAGCCACAAUCUGGUGAUACCAUACACUUUUUUUGGGCUUCGUCAACAGCUUCCGAGUACUUGUUGAUAGGGAAUUUGUUUGCGCUCACGAGAUCCAGCCUUAAAAUUCUAUUUUCAACCAGUUUGAAGAAGUCCUUGGCUUCCUGGCGCAAAUAAUGAACUUAAUUCUGAAACUAAGAUCAUUUGCGACAAUUGAUGCGUAUGGGAUACAAGUCCAUAUAAGCGCCGAGGGAACCAAAUUUGUGAAGAGUAACUGUAUCGGAAUCUAUAUCACCUGUCAAAACAACAGGAUGAACAUUUUUAUAGUUGGAUGUCAGUGUCUCAUGGACCGCUUUCUAUCUUCGUAAGGCAAAGAAUUUGGUGCCCAUUGAAGAAACCACAGCAACUGCAGUUCUGCUAAAUUUUCGGUUACAAGGGCCGAUAGCCACCAUCUCUCCUGGCCUUAAAUCCUCCAUACGCCACGAGAGGGAAGCUCAAGCCAGGAAUAAAGUCUGUAUCGAAAUUGACAGCCUCUUCAUUGACGGGGUAGCAGCUCUCAAUGUCCACGAGUGUCUAUUUCUACAAGUAGCCGUUUCUUUUGUACUCUUGCGCCGGUAAGGUUUUAAAUUCAUGAGUUGGACCAUCUGCAACCGACUUCACCAGAUAGUGGCCUUAAGCAUUUGUCGACUAAACUUCGGAAUCAAGAUGAACGAGCUGCAAUUUUUUUAUGGGUCACUUUCGAUCACUCUUCCCACGCCGGCUCUUCCUGCGAUGAAAGGCUCGGGAAGACUGAACUGUGGAAUCUUAGGUUCCCCGACUCUGCAUAUGAAUCACUUCCCAGAACACUAACUUCCACUUUUACCAGCACCCAGCCAAAUGCCACUUCCGGCACGGGAAAUUCUUUGAGCGCCACCAAGUACCUGCUUUUUUUAACAUUGUAUUCAAUUUACGUCUUGAUCUGGCUUUUCAGCAUAUUUAUUGUUCUCGACAAUAUAUAUCCCCGGAUUAUCAU